UCUGUACCCUGGUGCAUUUUACAGCCCGGUUCACAGUGAUUGGACCUGAUCACCCUGUCACUGCCAUCAUGGGUGAGGACAUUAUUUUACCCUGUCACCUGUCUCCCAAGAUGAGCGCUGAGAACAUGGAAGUGAGAUGGUUCCGAUCUGAGUUCACUUCAUUUGUGCACCUCUAUCAGCAUGGAAAGGAUGAGUAUGGGCAGCAGAUGCCAGAAUAUCAUGGAAGGACAGAGCUUUUGAAAGCUGGCAUCGUGGAUGGGAAUGUUGCCUUGGGAAUUGUCAAUAUCAGACUUUCUGAUGAGGGACAGUACCGCUGUUUUGUUCAAGAUGGUGUCUUUCAUGAAGAAGCUGUAUUGGAAUUGAAGGUGGCAGCUUCAGGCUCUGCACCUCACAUCUCUGUUGAGGGUCACCAGGAUGGAGGGAUCCGAGUGGUGUGUCAGUCGGCCGGAUGGUACCCGGAGCCCGAGGUGCUGUGGAGAAAUCUCAAAGAGCAGCCUUUGUCUUCGUCAACUAAAACCAAAUCUGAAGAGGAACAUGGUCUCUUUGAAAUAAAAAAUUCUAUCAUUAUAACAGAAAAUUCAAACAAGAAUUUGUCCUGUGCUAUAAGGAACACCCACCUGAACCAAGAAAAAGAAUCAAUAACAUUUUAUAUAUCAGAUUCUUUUUUCCCAAGAGUAUCUCCCUGGAUGGUGGGUUGGAGUGUGACUUUGGUGAUUUUGUUGGUGUUCAUCGUCCUUACUCUUUUUCUGUUCAAAUUAAAAGGGAAACAUCUCAACACUAUCCGUAAACUUCAAACAGAGCUAGAGUGGAGGAGAUCCCUGGGUGAUGCAGCGAAUGUGACUCUGGAUCCAGACACGGCUCAUCCAGAACUUGUCCUGUCUGAGGAUCGGAAAAGUGUGAGAUGGGCCGACACACGGCAGGAUCUGCCCGACAACAAUCCUAAGAGAUUUGACACUGAGCACUGUGUGCUGGGCUGUGAGGGGUUCACCUCAGGGAGACAUUACUGGGAGGUGGAGGUGGGAGUUGGGCUACUCUGGGCUGUGGGGGUGGCCAGAGAGUCUGUGAGGAGGAAGGGAGGGAUCAGCCUUAGCCCUGAGGAGGGGAUCUGGGCUGUGGAUCAGAGGCAGGGCCAGUACCAGGCUCUCACCACCCCUGUGACCCCCCUGCUCCUGAGCCGGGCCCCCAGCAGGAUCCGGGUUUGUCUGGACUGUGAACGGGGGCAGGUGACAUUUAUCGAUGCUGGUGACGAGGCCCCGAUCUUCACUUUCCCGCCGGGCUCUGUCACUGGGGAGAGAAUCCGCCCUUGGCUCUGGCUGGGGAUGGAAAGCCGGCUCAAACUGUGUCCCUGAGAGAUGGGGGGUAUAUCCCACUGGGGACCCUGAAAUCAGCCUCUCUAGUCUCCCACACCCCAGUCUCUAUGAUCUUGGCAUCAUCCAGUCCACCCAGACCUAUGGCCUCUUAAUUCUAUGUCCCCUAGAAACUCCUCCCCCCUCCCUCCCUGCAGCACAGAGAUUUAUAAAACGUCACUGAAGGUGAGACCGUCACUCAUUCAUUUCAUAUGUUUCUUCCUUGACUUUGUUGCCAUUUCAGUGUCAUUAAAAAAAACUGUUCCCAAAACCUGUGGGUCUGUUUUCCAUUGGGGUGGGUAUUGAAGCUGUUUCUUGGCUCCUUUUCACUCUGACAGGUGUUCACGGUAAAUAAAGCAUAAAAGACAAUUCUGAUUUGUCCCUUUAUAGUUUUCCAGCUGCAAUUGUUGGGGGGCAGAGUCGUGGGAUUUGCUUCCCUACUUGGUUGUGGUGGACAGAACCAAUGUUCCCUCUAAUUUUUGACAGACCGUGUGCGCAAAAAAAUUCUUCUGUGCAAAUUGUUUGCUUCUGUGCAAAUGUUUGUGCGUGCGGUGUUUCGCCAUGUGUGCAGGGUUUAAGAUCCGGGCGCAGGGUUUAAGAUCCGGGCGCGGGGUUUAAGAUCUGGGCGCGGGGUUUAAGACGCACACAGCUUAGAGGGAACAGCAGACAGAACCCAGAGGAAUUGUGAUGAAUUUCCAGGAGCAACUUUCUUUUCUUUGUACUCUAAACCUCACAUGACAACAACAAUAUCGCCCUUUUGACUGAUUUAUGGCUGAAAAGAAAAGUUUCCCAAUAAA